AUGAGCUUCGCCAUCGAGGUGCCGGGCGGCGCCAACCCGUUGAGCUUCCAGGAUCUCUGCCGAACACUCAGCUCGGCGACAACCUCACUCGACUAUGCACAACGACAAGCGGCCGAGCAGCAGCUGACAUCAUGGGAGACCACGCCUGGAUACUACAGUUCACUCCAGGCCGUCUACCUCGACAAAUCGCUCCCCAUCGAGCCACGCUUCCAGGCCGUCAUCCAGCUCAAAAAUGGUAUCGACAAGCACUGGCGUCACUACGCCGCGACCAAGCAGGGAAUAUCACCUGACGAGAAGAACGCGAUCCGCCAGCGCCUCUUCGAAGGCACCGUUGACGAGGUCGAGGAGCGUCUCGCCGAACACAACGCAUAUGUAACGGCCAAGAUUGUGCGCAUCGACUACCCGAGCGACUGGCCGGACGCGCUUUCACAGAUCAUCUCCCUUCUCCGGUCCUCGAGGGACGGCGACCAGAGGAAGCUGUUUGGGUCCCUGCAGAUUCUGCUACAGGUGGUCAAGGAGCUGGGCACGGCGAGGUUGAAGAAGAGCCAGACGGCACUGCAAUCAGUCACUCCCGAGAUUGUGCAUGUCUUGUUGGAAAUAUACACAGAGAGGUCGGAGCUGUGGAUCAACUACUUGACAAAUCGAAAGGGCGACGAGCAGGCGGCUUACCUGGCCAUGUCAAACAGUCUCAUCGCCCUCAAGGUUCUGCGACGUCUAGUUCUCGUAGGCUACGAGAGGCCGCAUGGCGACGAGACAGUGACACGCUUCUGGGGAUUGUCGCAGAAUCAGUUUGGGAAACUGCUGGGCUUCGUCAGCGAGGAGGCUGGCAUGCCAGAACAGUUCCAAAAGGUUGCGGCCGGCCAUCUGAUUCAGUUCACAAAGCUUCACAUCAACAUGGCCGAGCAACAUCCGGCAAGCUUUGCGAACCUACCCGACUCCUUGUCUCUGGUACACGCCUAUUGGGACCUUGUGUCCAAAUUUGCCGAAGUGUACGGGAAUUCAGGAGGCAUCCGACAGAACAGUGGCUCAGGAAGUGCCAAGGCCAAGGUCGAGGGCCCGCUACCCGAGAAGCUGGCCGUCAAGGGACUUUUGCUAUUGCGGGCCUGCGUGCGGAUAGCCUUCAUGCCCGUCCAGACCUUCAAGUACCGUAGUCCGGAGACCAAGGCGGAGCAAGAGGCGGCCAGGGCCAUGAUCAAGACGGAACUGUUCAAACCUGACCUCGUGGUACAGAUCGUGAACUGCAUCAUCACAUAUCUGUUUGUCUUCCGCAAGUCAGAUCUCGAAGCUUGGGAGGAGGAUCCGGAGGAGUGGGAGAAAGAACAGCAAAGCGAGAGUGACGCAUACGAAUGGCAGGUCCGGCCAUGUGCGGAGAGGCUGUUCCUUGACUUGCUCACUCAGUUCAAGGAUCUUCUGAUCCAGCCACUCAUGUCAUAUUUCCAGUCGGCACAGGAUCCCCAGUCCGACAUUGCGACAAAGGAAGCCGUGUAUACGGCCAUGGGCAACGCCGCGGCCCAUGUUGUCAAUGUUUUUGACUUUGAUGCCUUCCUGGCGACGACAGUUCUGCAAGACGCGCAACAGACAGGAGCCUUGAACAAGGUCCUCAGACGGAGGAUAGCCAUCUUGUUGAGUCAAUGGGCGCCGGUGAAAUUGGCCGACGAGAGUCGCCCGAUUGUCUACCAGAUCUUUCGCCACUUCCUGGACCCCAACGACGAAGCGAACGAUUUGGUGGUGCGGAUCACGACAGCGAGACAGUUGAGGUGGAUCGCGGACGAGCUCGACUUCAGCGUGGACUCAUUCUUGCCAUACACGGCGGACGUCCUGAGCCAGCUUAUUACGCUGAUUCAGCAUGUGGAGGUUGACGAGACAAAACUCGCCAUUCUUGAGUCGGUCCGUAUCAUUGUCACUCGUAUGGAAGACCAAGUAUCUCAAUUUGGCGACCAGCUCAUGUCAAACCUGCCGUCUGUCUGGGAGAACACGGGCAACGAAGAGUACAUGAUCAAGCAGGCUGUCAUUGCUAUCUUUGCGGCCCUGGUCAUGAGCAUGGGGACUGCCUCGCAGCGCUACCAGCACCUCAUGGUGCCCUUGAUCUCAGAGGCAGUGCGACAAGGGUCUGAUCUCCACGUGCACCUCAUUGACGAGUCACUCGAGCUUUGGAACGCCGUCCUCAUGCAAAGCACAGCGCCGCUGUCACCGGAACUCAUUGGUCUGGCCGAGAUGGCGCUGCCCUUACUGGAGUAUUCGUCGCUCACAGCUGGCGAGGCACUCAACGCCGUGGAAUCGUACAUACUCUUUGCGCCGAGCGCCAUGCUGGAAGACAGGCUUCGUCGUCCCACCUUGACUGCCCUUCUCGGCAUCCUGGACUCUAAGAGCCGGGAGCAAGUUCGCAGCGGCACGACCUGCAUCGAAUAUCUCAUCCGAUCGGCUGUGGAUCUUGGUGGUUCGAGUGGCGUUACUUUGAUCAUUCAGGACAUGGUGGAGCUGGGAUUCCUUCAGAAGAUUCUGGGCGAUCUGCACAAUGCCUGGGAGGCACAUCAAACGACAGGGCCGAACCGCAAGAUCAGCAAGCUCAACACGGUUACUGAGAGCGACUACCUCGCCAUCAUAGCGCGACUCGCGCUCGCCGAGCCCACAGUGUUCACCCAGAUGAUUGACUCUCUGGGCGGUCUGGAGAGCACUUGGUCUUGGCUGUCUGCAGAAUGGUUCGAGCAGGCGCACGACAUGGACAACAUUGAGCGCCAAAAGCUGUACCUCCUCGCCCUCACGCGCCUCCUCGAACUUCCGUCCCCGGUCCAGGAGUUGACUCUCGGCAAGCUUCAAGACUACUUUCUACUGUGGACGAACGUGAUCGCCGAGCUGCAAGACGGCCGGCAGAAUGCGACGGACUGUCUCAUCCUCGAGACACCAGAGCCUACGGAAUAUGAUACCCCAAAGUUGAUAGCAGAGCGAGGGAUGAUGAUGCGCGAUCCUAUACAUACAAUCCAUGCCUACGCAUUUGUCAGGGAGAGAUUGCAGGACCUUGUGGCGCGCGUGGGAGGCGAGGCUGCCUUUGAGGAGCAGUGGGCGGUCAACGUGGAUGGAGAUGUCAUGAUGAGGUUCAGAGAGGUUGCCAACUCUAUGCAGUGAUUGGCAUGCGGACCAGUGCAGAUGCUCGAGGUCUGCACAUAGAUGAUGACGAUAAUACAAUGAUAUUGACGACCACAUCGCCUCCCUCUCGCAGAAUGUCAAAGUGCGAGUGAGUUUGAGUCGGAU